AUGAUACCUGAAACCUUCACAAACUUGCACCGACUCCAUAAUACACUCACCAGGACUCUGAAUCGUAGUGGAGGUACUUUCAAGUGGAAAGGCCAUUGGUUUGCCAACAUGGAUAUGCUUAUCACCACAGACCCAUUAGACAUUCACCAUGUUUUGAGCAAGAACUUUUCUAAUUAUCCAAAAGGCCAAAAAUACCGUAAACUGUUUGACAUUUUUGGAGAUGGAAUCAUUAAUCUCGACGGACAUCUAUGGGAAAUUCACCGCAAAACCAUCAUGUCGCUCUUUAGGCAACCCAACUUUCAAAGUGUUUUUGAAGCAGUUGUCUGGAAUAAGGUGGAAAGUGGGCUUUUGCCAGUAUUAGAGUCUAUAUCCAAAACAGGCAUGGAAAUCGACUUGCAGGAAAUAUUUCAAAGGUUCACUUUUGACACUAUAUGCAAGGUGCUCUUAGACUAUGACCCUCAAAGCUUGUCUCUAAAUUUUCCUUACAUUCCGUGUGAGAAAGCCUGGGUAGAUAUUACAGACGGCAUGUUGUACAGGCAUCUUAUACCCCCAAUCUUUUGGAAAGUACAACGAUUACUGAGGAUGGGGAAUGAGAAGAAGUUGAGUGACGCAUACAAUGCAGUUUAUCACUUCGUAGACAAGUGCUUAGCUAGAAUACAACACGAGUCCAUUAACAUGGAAAGCGAACAUGUGCAUGAAAGUUUUGGAUUAGUGACAUCCCUGGUAACAGAAUUCAAAAGCCAAAGCGGCAAUUUUGGAUAUCCUCCCAAAAACUUUGUAAGGGAUACCAUAGUGACCCUCUUGGGUGCAGGGAGAGAUACAACUAGCACAACUCUCUCAUGGUUUUUCUAUCUCGUUGCAAAAAAUCCAAUCGUAGAGGACAAGAUCCGAGAGGAGAUUCAGACGUUUCUGGAGAUGAAAGUAGAUGAUCAGAAGAACUGGAAUUCCAAAGAGCCAGAAAUCCUUCCAAGUGGCCACCACGUUAGUCAAAACACCAGGAUUAUUCUAUAUUACUAUGGCAUGGGAAGGAUGGAAAAGAUAUGGGGUAAGGAUUGUACGGAAUUCAAGCCUGAAAGAUGGAUUUCAGAGAAAGGAGGUAUCAAACAUGAGCCAUCUUCCAAGUUCGUGGCAUUUAGUGGUGGGCCGAGGACUUGCUUAGGUAAGGACAUGAGUUUCACUCAACUAAAGAUAGUGGCAUCUACAAUCAUUUAUCAUUAUCACAUUGAGCUGGUAGAAGGUCACCCGGUUAUUCCUAGCGCUUCCAUGGUACUUAUGAUGAAGCAUGGCCUAAAGGUGAGGUUAACCAAAAUAAGUAUUUGA